AUGACAGAAGACGUGAAAACACAUAUGGCUAAACUGGCUGAUCAGUCUGGCAAAAUUGGAAAGUUGAUGAUAAAUAGUAAGAAAUGUGCGAAAGCCAAGAUUACCAAGGGUUAUUUAGAGACACGUCUGGAGACAGCGAACGAAUAUUGGAUGGCCUACACAUCAAGUUAUGAUUUUGUUACGGCAAAUCUUACGACGAAAGAGCUGGAAACAUAUGACAUUAAUUUGGAAGAAAAUUAUCAAACUACUGAGGAUGCCUAUUUGGAGCUUAAAAGUUGGAUAAAAGAUCACAUGUAUGAGUACCAAAAGCAGGAAGUUCAAGCGCCAGCUCCAGCUUCAAUUACGAAUACAAAUCAAGUUUCUGGAUUUUCACAAUCUAAACCGAGGCUUCCACCGAUACCUAUACCUACCUUUUCGGGAGAUUACAACCAGUGGAUGAGUUUUAGAGACUUAUAUGUUUCUCUUAUACACAACGAUAGUACAUUAUCAAAAAUUGAAAAACAUCAUUACUUAAAGGCCAGCUUGUCAGGAGAAGCGGAAUUGUUACUCAGAAACUAUUCACUUACUGAAGCCAAUUACGAUGAUGCUUGGAAAAAAUUGGGGGAUAGGUAUAAUAACAAAAGAGUAAUCGUUAACAAUAUACUGAAUCGUUUAUUGAACCAGAAGAAACUGACUUCGGAAUCUCCAAAGGGUAUUAAAGAUUUAUUAGAUACAACAAGCCAGUGCCUCGAUUCUCUGAAAAAUCUGAAAAUUGAUACAUCCUCUUGGGAUGCAAUUGUGGUACACAUUGUUGUCUCAAAGUUAGACAUAGAAUCUCACAGGCUGUGGGAACAGUCAUUGGAACAGUCUACAGACAUCCCGGAGUUUGACGAAUUAACUUCUUAUCUUGAGAAACGAUUUAGAGCUAUGGAGAUGAUUAAUAUAACACAAACUAAAGAACCACAACGAAAAGACUUCACUAAACCAGCACACCUCUCACAAAAAGUUACUACGGUCAAAAGCUUCGCUACUGAACUUGAUACUGCUUGCACUUAUUGCUCAAAGAAUCAUUAUGUUUGCCACUGUCAAGAUUUUGCUUCACUUACCGUCAAUGAGCGUCAAGAUUUUGUGAAGAAGAACAGGAUUUGUUUUAACUGCCUUGUAAAGGGUCAUUCUGUGAAUCAAUGCAGACAAAGCACGACGUGCAAAAAAUGUGGUCGACGGCAUCACACUUUGCUGCAUUUUACCAACCCUAACAAGACAAGCUCUUCUGAUAAUCCUGAACCUGAACAACGAGAACAAGAAAGCACACCGUCAACCUCUGCUUGCAACCUCAGUGUAAAUAAAGCUGAAACCAUGGAUGGUCAGGUCAUUUUAGCGACUGCUGAAAUUGCUGUUGAAUCAAGAAAUGGUGAUACUUACAUACUCAGAGCUCUGGUGGAUCAAGGGUCGCAGGGUUCAUUUAUCACUGAAGCUGCCUCACAAUUGUUGAAUCUUGAACGCACUCCUGUUAAUGGCAAAAUCUCUGGUGUUUCAAAUUCAUCAGUGGUUACCACAAAAGCUAUGGUGAAAUUAAUAAUCCACUCUACAAAAGAUGGUGAUACACAAUUGGAAGUAGAUGCUUAUGUACUUAAGAAGCUCACCUCUUUAUUGCCUUCCCGUGAAUUUCCACAAGACACCUGGCCUUCAACUAUGCAGCUGGAUCUUGCUGAUCCUAACUUUCACAAGCCAGGGUCUAUUGAUGUUCUGUUGGGUGCCGACGUGCAUGCUAACAUAAUUCUGGAAGGAUUACACAAACACGAGUCUCUCAUUGCUCUCAACUCUCGCCUUGGUUGGUUGAUAUCGGGCAGAGUUACACAAACUGAAGCUGCGCAAGAACACAAUAUGGUUGUCACUCACACUAAAGUUGACGCAGAUCAUUUACUGAGACAGUUCUGGGAGAUUGAAGAGAAUCUACCCCACAAAAAACCUCUGACAGACUUGGAGAUACAAUGUGAAGAGCAUUUUAAGAAAACCCACUCUCGCGUGGACGGCCGUUACGUGCUUCACUUACCUUUCAAAGAUGUUCCUCCUAUUAAUCUUGGUUGCUCCAAAUCUAUUGCAGUCAGUCGUCUACAACAAAUGGAAAAACGUUUUAUACGCAAUUCCCAAUUUAAGGAAGAAUAUAUACAAUUUAUGAAGCAAUACGAGUCAGCAAAUCACAUGAUUAAAGCACCUGUAAAUGAAAGUGAUACAAUAAACUUACCUUACUACUUACCUCACCAUGCUGUCCUUAGACCGACGAGUCUAAGCACGAAGUUAAGAGUUGUCUUCGAUGGAAGUGCUGCACCUGAAAAAGGAAACUCAUUAAAUGACGAACUUCUAGUUGGACCUCCACUUCAGCAAGAUAUUAGAGAUUUAGUCACAAGAUGGAGGCAACACCAAUUCUGUCUGGUCGCUGAUAUUCAGAAAAUGUACCGGCAGAUCCUAAUUGCAAAAGAUGAUGUCGACUUUCAGAGAAUCUUAUGGCGAGAAUCUCCUACACAGCCAAUCGAAGAAUACCAACUACUUACCGUUACUUAUGGUACGUCAUGCGCUCCGUACUUAGCCAUACGUACACUUCAUCAACUUGCUGAAGACGAAAAGGACGAAUAUCCAGUUGAAGCGGAAAUUUUGAAGACUGAUGUGUACAUGGAUGAUCUGAUGACUGGAGCAUCUACUGAAGAGAAGGCUGUGUCCCUGCAAAAAGGGCUAACGGAAGUGUUAGCUCGCGGCGGUUUUCCCUUUCACAAGUGGGCAUCCAAUAGUGAAUCAGUGUUGUGUCAAAUACCCGAUGAUGAUAAAGAGUCUCAAAGUGCAGUGAAUAUCAAAGUGAAGGAUACAGUGAAAACGUUAGGUAUCACAUGGAACUCACAAACAGACAAUUUUGAAUUGAACAUUAAUUUGACUUGCACUAACAAUUGUUUGACCAAACGAAAUGUAUUAUCUGCAAUUGCUAAAACCUUUGACCCUCUGGGUUGGCUGACACCUACGAUAAUAAUACUUAAAAUUUUUAUGCAAAAAUUGUGGUUGGCUGGCUUAGAGUGGGAUGAAAGGUUGACUGAGGAUUUAGAAAUUGAAUGGAAUACUCACUUACAAAAUUUCCUGCAUGCUGAAACCAUUCAGUUUCCACGAUGGCUUGGAGUUUCUGAUACCACAAUGAAGGUGGAGCUGCAUGGGUUCAGUGAUGCUUCUUGUGUUGCUUAUGCUGCUGUAGUGUACCUCAGAGUUUGGGACAAUGAUGUUGAUGUCAAUGUACAUUUAGUCUUGGCUAAGUCAAAAGUAGCGCCAGUGAAGCAAGUGUCCGUUCCACGUCUCGAACUCUGCGGUGCAGUUCUAUUGGCUAAAAUGCUUCAUCAUUUAAAAAUGAUUUUGAAAAUUGAUGAUCACAAUGUAUAUGCUUGGACAGAUUCGACCAUAGUUUUGGCCUGGUUGCGAAAACCCCCUAACACAUGGACUACUUUUGUAGCCAAUCGUACUUCGGAGGUUCUAACACUCACAAACAGUAAUCAGUGGCAUCAUGUUAGUUCGGCGGACAACCCUGCUGAUCUCGCCUCCCGAGGAGUUUAUCCAACUGAUUUAGGGAAAUCACAACUAUGGUGGACUGGCCCAACCUUUUUGCACGAACCCAAAGAUAUUGUAUAUCCACGAACCGAAGUCUCUGAUACUAAUUUAGAAGCCAAACACAAGAUCAACACAAAUGUAAAUUUUAUGAAUGAUGACGAAACGAGGUGUUACCUGAAGAGAUAUUCCAGCUUAUCAAAACUGAUUCGUGUGACUGCAUAUUGUUUGAGAUUUUUAAAGAAUUGUAAGACUAAAAGACUUCACAAAAGCUUAGACAAGCCUAACUAUUUAACUUGCGCCGAAAUAAAUAAUGCCUUAACGGUUUGUGUUCGCAUGUCACAAUCAAUCACUUUUGAAAGUGAAAUUACUAUGUUGUCACAAGACAAACGUGUAUUAAAAACCAGUAAGGUUUCUGCUCUUAACCCGUACGUACUCGUAGAUGACCAUAAAGUUCUUCGUGUUGGUGGUCGACUUGUAAAUGCAGAGAUUUCAAAUGAUACGAAACAUCCUAUCAUUCUGAGUCACGACUGUGCCCUUUCCAAAUUAAUAGUGUUAGAAGCACAUUUGAAAACUCUCCAUGGAGGACCCCAACUUACACUUAACUAUGUUCGGCAAAAAUACUGGAUAGUGAGAGCUAAAAGUCUGAUCAAAUCUGUGACUAAAAAAUGUAUUCCUUGUUUCAAGCAAAGAGCUACACCAGUUGUUCCGUUUAUGGGAAAUUUGCCAAAACACCGAGUCAAACCUAGUCGUCCCUUUCUCACAAGUGGUGUAGACUUUGCUGGGCCUUUUACUCUGAAACUUUAUUCAGGUCGAUGUAAAAAGACUUGUAAAGCGUAUAUUUGUUUAUUCAUUUGUACCGUCACAAAGGCCAUUCAUUUGGAGCUGGUCACGGACUUAACUUCUGCUGCAUUUGUAGCAGCUUUUAGGCGAUUUACCGCUCGCCGAGGUCACUGCCAAGAUAUUUGGAGUGAUCACGGUACGAACUUUGUGGGCGCGUCACGCGAGUUGGAUCUUGCCUUUAGGGAUUCGAAGUCUCAAGUUGUUGCUGAGAUUGCUGAACUCUUGGCUAACGAUUUCACCAAUUGGAAUUUCAUUCCCCCCAGUGCUCCGCACUUUGGUGGCCUUUGGGAGUCUGGAGUAAAGAGCAUCAAAGGUCAUUUGAAGCGCGUUAUUGGACAAACUUAUCUCACCUAUGAAGAGUUAUCUACUCUUUUGACUCAAGUGGAAGCUUGUGUCAAUUCCCGACCACUUACCUUAGUAAAUUCUUCUUUGGAUGAUCCACCCUUAACUCCUGGACAUUUUCUUAUAGGGGAACCUUUGAUAGGUGUUCCUGGACCGUCUUUGAUUGAUGUCAAACUUAGCCCGCUAAAUCGUUGGCAUAUGAUACAACGCAUGGUUCAAUGUCUGUGGCAGCGAUGGCAACGUGAAUAUCUUACGACUUUGCAGCAUCGUUACAAGUGGAACAACCUUCAACCUGACAUUGAUGUUGGUACCGUUGUUUUGGUCAAGGACGAUCGACUACCUCCUGGAAAAUGGCUUUUGGGACGAGUUGUUCAGAAGCAUCCAGGGACAGAUGGCAUAACUCGAGUUGUUACCUUACAAUUUAAAGACAAUAUUUUCAAAAGACCUAUUGCUAAACUAUGUCCUCUGCCUCUGUCUGACGAUAUGUAA